AUGCAUAGAAGGUCUCGCAUGAUUGUCAUUACCGCUACCAAAAAAUUCCAAAGGAAAAUAAACCCCUUCGACCGCAUGCAAGGAAAGCAACCUACAAAGCCUGAAGCUGGCCGUUUGAUCACCUCAGCCCAGCAAGCCCCAGCGCCCGUGUACAUGGAAAACAGAGACAUGAAGCAGACGGUGUAA